UGGAAACCAACUCCAAACACACACACAGAAACGCUCAUUUUUUUCCUGUCUUGUCUAUAAACCAUAGCUUGUAUAACAAGCAAAAACGUUCUAGCUAGCUAGCUAGUUUUGGUCAAAUAAAGAUUCAUCAUUCUCUUAUAAAGAUAUAUAUGAUGAAAUCAUUCUAUCCGGUGAUGUCUCUCUUCUUAUUACUAUUGUCGGCUACAUGUUCAGCGACGGUGCAAAACGCUGCGGAUUGUGCGGCGGUGGGAACGCUGGUCUCGUCGUGCACGAAGUUUGUAAACUACGGUUACCCGGAUCCGAUACCAGGGUCGAGCUGCUGCGAUGCGAUGACGGUGAUCGGGACCUACUCUGAUUCGUCGGAUAAGAGAAAGUGGCUCUGUAAUUGCUUCAUGGAACUCAUCAAUGUCUAUAACUCUAACGCCACCGCCAUUUCUACGUUAUCUGGUUUCUGCGGUGUUGUUUUGGGUUUCACCAUCGACCCUAACACCGAUUGCAACUUCAUUCAGUGAAGGCACUAAAAUCUUUCAAGGCUCAGUGGAUUCAGAACGAUGUCGUACCACUCACGAAUUAUGUGUUUAAAUCUGACUGAGGAGGGUUUGGUUAUAUCCUAAACAAAGAUGUAUUAAACUCAUUGUUGUUGUCUUGGAAAAAUAGUUACAUCAGUUAGGUUUUGUUUAGUUUCAGUUUUUCUAAUAUCUAAAUAAUCUAAUCAUUUUAGUCAUUUCAACAUUCCGUUUUUGACACAGUUUA